AUGCCUGCCUGGGGGGCCCUGUUCCUGCUCUGGGCCGCCGCAGAAGCCACAAAGGACUGCCCUGCACCAUGCACCUGCCAGGCCCUGGAAACCAUGGGGCUGUGGGUGGACUGCAGGGGCCGAGGGCUCACAUCCUUGCCUGCCCUCCCACCCCACACCCGCCACCUCCUGCUGGCCAAUAAUAGCCUUCGUUCUGUGCCUCCUGGCGCCUUCGACCACCUGGUCCAGCUGCAGACACUCGACGUGACACAGAACCCCUGGCACUGUGACUGCAGCCUCACCUACCUGCACCUCUGGCUGGAGGACCACACACCAGAAGCCCUGCUGGAUGUCCGCUGUGCCAGCCCCAGCUUCGCCACCCUCCACCCACUGGGCCAUCUCACGGGCUAUGAGCUGGGCAACUGCGGCUGGCAGCUACAGACACCGUGGGCUUAUCCAUGGGUCUGGUGGGAUGUGGCACUGGUGGUUGUGAUCGUAAUCGGCCUGGCUCUCUUGGCAGGUAUACUGUGCACCGCCAGAGAGCCCCUGCUCCUAG